AUAUUAGAAAAGCUUUCCUUUUUGAUUGGGUUGUCCUAGCUGAUCCAUCCACGUCGCCUUACAAGCUUACACGGCAAGCUUACGCAUGCGUAACCAUUCGGCUUUCCAGUUUUAGACUUUGCUCACCUUGGCGAACGUAACUUCUUGUGAUUAAAAAAAAGUAUAUUUCAAUCACAUUUUCAAUUCGAUAAUAUUAGUUCCCGGCGUUAAAACCAGUUUGAAAGAAGUUUUGGAUGAUGAUGACGACGACGAUGAGGAAGAAAUCUGCCAGUUUUCUAUUCAGAUACUCUCGAAUUUUUCACUCGGAUCAGCCUUUGAGUCUUAAUCACAACAAUUCGCUUCUCCGUUCAGGAACUUCCUUGUGCAUGCCAAUUUCACGAUAUAUUGGUUCGUUUCGGGGAUGCAGAAAAGCUUUUCAGGCUUCCGCGAUCAAUCAUUUUAGAAUGCCUUGCGGAUUUCAGUUCAGACGCUUUACUUCAUUAUCGUCUGUGGUUCAGAGAAAUCCUUCAUUUUCGAGGUUAAAUUCUGAUGAUAUCGACUUUUUCCGGAGUAUUUUGGGGGAGAAAAAUGUAGUUCAGGAUGAGGAUAGGCUUUUGGAUGCAAAUACAGAUUGGUUGCGGAAGUACAGAGGGACGAGUAAGCUUUUACUGCAACCUAGGAGUACAGAAGAGGUCUCUCAGAUACUUAAAUAUUGCAACUCCAGAGACUUGCCUGUUGUACCCCAAGGUGGAAAUACUGGUCUUGUUGGCGGAAGUGUUCCAGUUUUUGAUGAAGUAAUAAUCAAUCUUGGAUUAAUGAAUGAUGUCAUAUCUUUUGACAAGGUUAGCGGCAUACUUGUUUGUGAAGCCGGUGGCAUCUUAGAAAACUUAUCCUCUUUUCUGGACAGCCAAGGAUUUAUAAUGCCACUGGACUUGGGUGCUAAAGGAAGCUGCCAGAUUGGUGGAAAUGUUUCUACUAAUGCAGGUGGUUUGCGCCUUGUUCGUUAUGGAUCUCUUCAUGGCAGUGUACUUGGACUUGAAGUUGUUUUAGCUGAUGGUAGUGUGCUCGACAUGCUGGGAACUUUAAGAAAAGAUAAUACUGGAUAUGAUUUGAAGCAUUUGUUUAUAGGCAGUGAAGGUACCUUGGGCAUUAUAACCAAGAUUUCAAUUCUUACCCCACCUAAACUACCUGCUACUAAUGUUGCAUUUCUUGGAUGUAAAGAUUACUCGAGCUGCCAGAAACUUCUAGUGGAUGCAAAGAGGAAACUUGGGGAGAUUCUUUCAGCAUUUGAAUUCCUGGAUAACAUGUCGAUGGAUUUGGUUCUCAAUCAUUUAGAAGGUAUUCGAAAUCCAUUGCCUCCGACAAUGCAUAACUUUUAUGUUCUGAUCGAGACGACGGGCACUGAUGAAUCAUAUGACAAGGAAAAGCUUGAAGCAUUUCUACUUAGUUCGAUGGAAGGUGGUUUAAUCUCUGAUGGUGUUCUCGCACAAGACAUCAACCAAAUAUCCUCUUUUUGGCAUAUCCGUGAGGGUAUUCCAGAGGCAUUGAUGAAAGCAGGAGCUGUUUACAAGUAUGAUUUGUCGUUACCUGUCGAGAAGAUGUACGAUCUUGUCGAAGCAAUGCGAACAAGACUUGGCAACUCCGCUAAAGUAAUUGGUUACGGCCACCUUGGAGAUGGUAAUUUGCAUCUGAAUAUUUCAACUCCACAAUAUGAUGAUGCGGUUUUCGCACAAAUUGAACCCUUUGUCUAUGAGUGGACUUCUAACCAUCGUGGAAGCAUCAGUGCAGAGCAUGGCUUGGGAUUGAUGAAAGCCAAUAAGAUUUUCUACACCAAGUCCUCUGAAACUGUACAAAUCAUGGCUUCUAUUAAGAAAUUGCUGGACCCUCGUGGCAUACUCAACCCCUAUAAAGUUCUGCCGCACUCCCUUGCUUCCUAACCUGAGCCAGGUUCUCGACUCGACUCUUCUUGAAUAAAUACUCGAGUGGUUGAGUUUAGCAAAGCAUUUCAUAGGUGCUUGUGAAAUAAAGAAUCAACAACAAACGGGUUUGUAUGUUGAUGCCUAAGCAAAUCCAAAAAUGCACAUAUCUGACAAAUAUUGCUUUAAAAUUCUGAAGGGAUGUUGUAGCUAGCUAAUCAUAAAAGUAAGAUGUCAAUUCUGUUAUUUAGAGCUUCCGUUGAUAUAUCAGACAUUAAGUGCUUGCAUUAUAGUGACGUACCUGUCAUGUUUGAGAGAAAUCCUACCGCUCAUUUGUCUUUGGUAUAUGUAAAAAUUACUUGAAAUGUAUAGUUGGAAUAGCCAAGGGCUGUUCUAUAGUGAAUUUGUUUUUAUUUUCUGCAUUAAGAGAUCAUACUUGACUA